AAGAGAUUGAGCUCUGGUUCACGGAAACGGGUUUUCUUCAACCACUCCAGCACCUCGAGUUCGGUGUCCAGACUUCCUGCGCAUGGCGUGCAACAUACACGACACGAGUAAGACAAAAGAAAAUUCGAUUUUAUAUAAAUGAAUAACGGAAUAGCCAGUAGUGACAACAUUAAUAAGUGGCUAUAUACAAAUUAAACAUUUACUAAUAAGUUUUCACAUAGAUUUGAACCUGACAAGAUGUUUUCUCAUUCAAGAGUUAAAAUCGCUAUUAUUGGAGCCGGACCAGUUGGAUCGUUGUGUGCAUGUUUUAUGGCAGAAAAUGGGUAUGACGUUACUGUCUACGAAAGUCGAACAGAUAUUAGACUUGAAAAAUCAACAUCAGGACGUUCUAUAAAUUUGGCUUUGUCAGAAAGAGGUAUUAACGCUCUACAAUUUAUCGGUCUCGAUAAUAUUGUUAUUGAAGAACUCACAGAACCUAUGUAUGGUAGAAUGAUCCAUUCCAUUGAUGGCCAGAAAUAUAGCAUUAUGUAUGAUGUUAACAAAAACAAGUGUUUAUAUUCUGUUAGCAGAAAGGAACUCAAUGCAUUUUUAUUAACAAAACUUGAAAAAUAUUCAAAUGUGAAAAUAAACUUUUCGCAUAAACUCGUCGAUGUUGAUUUUAAUUCUAAACUACUAACAUUUAAAAAAUUAUUAGAAAACCAACAAGAAACUGUAAAACCGGAUAUAAUUAUUGGAUGCGAUGGGGCUCACUCUGUUAUUCGUAAACAUAUGAUUCGUCUGCCAAUGUUUAAUUAUUCGCAGACAUAUAUAGAUCAUGGUUAUUUUGAAAUAAACUUACCAUCAACUGAAACAAAGGAUACUUUAACUCCGGGUCAUCUUCAUAUUUGGCCGAGAAGUACAUUCAUGUUGAUAGCACUACCAAAUAAAGAUAAAUCUUGGACUUGCACUUUAUUCAUGCCAAUGGAUAAAUUUCCGUUGAUAUUAGAAUCUGAAAAAGAAGAGAUUUUACGUUUUUUUAAUGAAUACUUUAAGGAUUUUAUGGAUUUGAUUCAACCGGAAUAUUUAUUAAACCAAGUAACGAAUGGAGAAGCAAGAACUCUUAUUUCUAUUAAAUGUAACCCAUAUCACGUUAAUGAUAGUUUUCUGUUAAUGGGAGACGCUGCUCACGCUAUUGUACCUUUUUAUGGUCAAGGAAUGAACGCUGGUUUUGAAGAUUGCACAAUUUUGAAUCAACUUCUCGAAGAGUACGACCAUGAUUUAAAAACUGUUAUUAAAACAUUUACAUCUAGAAGGAUUCAAGAUGCGGAAGCUAUUAGUGAUUUAGCAUUAUACAACUAUAUUGAAAUGCGUGAUUUAGUUGCUCGUAAAAGCUUUCUGUGGCGAAAAAAACUGGAUAACAUACUAAAUAAAUGGUUUCCUCAAACGUGGAUAUCGCUUCAUAGUGCAGUUUCUUUUACGACAAUUAGCUAUAAACAAUGUAAACUUGACAAUCAGUGGCAAGACCAAAUUUUAUUUAGAAUUUUUAUUCUAUUCGCAACAUUUUUCUCUAUCGGCUUGUAUUUUAUUUUUGCUUCAAUAAUGUCAAAAACAUUACAGUAAAACAAAGUGCACACAUACCUACGACAUAUCAACUAUAAUAAAUAAUAAUUGAUUCAGAUCACGCCAUUAUGAACAAGAUUUAUUAUAUAUUACUCAAUAUACUCUUACAUUAUAAAAUAAUUUUAAAUUAGCGUUAAUGCACACAUGUACAUGUACAAGUUAAAUAAUUUAAGGAAACAAUUCUAAAGGAAAUCGAUAUAAUUUUUGGUGAUCGUUUAUUAUCUUUAAAGCUGUAACGUCAAUGUAUACUAUGUUUUAAGAAUGUAUACUUGGUACUUGUUUUUUAAAUGGCAUUAUUAAUACCUUAUAAAUUAAAAAUAAUUUAUCUAUACAAAAAAUAAUAGUAAAACAGAUUGUUAAUGUUUUUUUUUCGUAUUUAUAUCUACUCACAACUCACAUGUUAUACAUUUUUCGAUGAAGCACAGUAACAUUAAUACAAUUUAUAUAAAUAAGAAGGUAAAACAGUUAAUUACUUAUGACAAAUGAGAUAUUACCAAUGGGUAAUUUACCUACUCUUCAUGCCAAUCACGCAUCUUCCAACUAUAAUAAAAAUUACUUAUUACAAAUUAUCACAUUAUUAUACAAAUCAUUAGGCUUAGCAUUUAAUUAAAAAUAAUAAAAAAAAAAAAAUAGUUGUAACAUAAUAAUUCUUAAGUCUUAUUUUAUUAUUGUUAUAAAAUAUUUAUGAAAAAUAAAAACUCUUAUGCACUUGAAUCUUCAAAUAUCCAUAUUAUAAAAAAAUAUGUUAAUUUUAUCUUAAUUUAUAAUAUAUAUUUAAUGACCUAACCUAACAACUAUAACCUCUAUCUGGUCAUACGGAAUUCAAGUUUGGAGUCGAGCCAAGCAAAACAAUUCAAUAAGACUUAUAUACAAGCUUUCCAGUUGAUAUAUGUUUUAAAAAAACUAGAGCCCCGUGAUAUGUGGAUGCACAAUGCACUACAUAAGGAUUUAUACCAGCGGUUCCCAACCUAUGGGGCUAUUGUAUUUAAAAAAAAAAAUUAAUGUUUUUAAAAAUAUCUUUUUAUAUGUAUAUAAUUUUAUGCUUAAAAAAUAAUAUUUUUCUAAAAAAAAAAAUCAUUAUUAUUUUUAAAAUAUAUUUUUUUAGUGAC